ACAUUCUCCUGGUUCUAGUAAAACAGACUAGAAAACCAUGGCACCCUGGGAUGGGGGUGGGUAGAUUUUUGUACAAUGUUCCUAAGAACCUUGUUUAAACAUGAAAACAGUGCUGAUACCUUUCUAACUACUCUGAAUUUUGGAAAAAAUCUACAAAAAUAAUUCUCAACCUAGUCAUUCACCCAGCCUUAGAAAUUUGAAACAAUCAACACCCAAACCUCCUUUAUUUGAGCAUCACAAGCAAACUUAGAUGCCUUUGAGCAAUAGAUUAAUAAAUGCUGCUCCACAACGUUUGGGUGAGGUCAUUCCCUUAAAUAUUCCCUGUCUCCCUUAUACCUAUUAUAAUAUCUGGGCUGCAAAAUCUCAAUAAUAAUGUCCUGCCAUUAAGACUACAGACAGUAAAUAGUUUAUAUUCAGAACCCAUAAUGCAUAGAGACACUUAUGCUACAAAUAAAACAAGAUACAAUUCUGAUGUUUAUGAUUCCAUAACAGUGUGUUAUCAUUUGAAGAAAUUCUUCAGUAUGAAACACACAUUAAACUUUCCUGCUUCUGCAGGUUAAUGAAAUACAUUACAAUCAGUACUAACAUUUCUUUAGCACUAACCCUAUAAUGUGAUUAUUCCUUUUCUCAGUAACAAUGAGUAACUCCUUUCUCUUCAGUCCUGGGUCUUUUAUACCGACAGACUGUUCUAUUCAUGGGACCCUGGGAGUGGCCAUUCUGUGCAUCCGGCUCCCUUGCCUGUGUAACAGUACAGACCUGAGCUUGCUCAUGGCUCAUUUCAGAAUCUUUAUCAAUUUUAAUUUGCUUUUUAAAUAAUUUCCAUCUUUUAUAACACUUUUUUUAAAAAAAAAUACCCCACCCGGCCACAAAAAUGGCAGAUAUAUGCCCUUAUCUUUGCUUAAUCUGAUUGGCAUAUUUCCCUUAUCACAUGAAUGAUUGAGGAGUCUGAGUUCUGCAGUAUGAGCUGUCUCCUGUACUUAUCUAUAUGUGAGGCUGCUUUAUGAACAGUAUCAAGAUUGCAAGCAAAAAUAUUAGCUACAGGAUCCAGAUAGUUAAAUUUGUUUACAAAAGCUUUGUUGCUGUGUAACUUGAUCUUCUCCAAUACCCAUAACCAGUCUGUAAACUUGCUCAAAUACAACCAUAAAUGUAAAGGGGUCAUCAUCUAUAGAGGUUUGAAGAUUAUUAAGCACCUCUAUAUCAAGCACAUUUUCACCAUUAAUUAUAUAAUUAAGCAUUAAUAGCCUGUCCCUUCUUGUGCCGUGUAUUAGAUUCCCAUCUGUAUCAGUGCCGGGAGCACUCACAGGGAUUGAUAACCUCUGGGAAAUACGUGCCGGCACCCACAGUUUAAAUGCUUUAUUCUUCUGUUCUUCACUUAAAUCAUAUCUCUCUAUAUGAGACUCAAAAAGAUCAGAAUUCAUUAAAACAUUCUUGUUUGGAUUAAAAUGUGGAAUAUUUUUCACAAUUUUUAAAAGCUGUUUAUUAACUUUUAACUGCAAUUUUGCCCUAUCAUAAUGUAAGAUUAUUGUAAAAUAUAUAUAUUGUGGGUUCCUAUAUUUUAUUAAUCAAUAAUAAAACCUUUUACUCUAGUAGAUGAAACAUUCUAAUUAGCUUAGCACCUGGUUAUCUGGUCCAAACAAUAGGAGUUUCCUAAUUUGGAAAACAAAGGUACUGGUCUGGGAAAGGUGCUGUCACACCUAAACUCUAAUUAACAUUAACAAAGGGUCAAGGCCACUGGGGCCAGCUGAAUGGAUCCCUGGUGAUAUGCAUAAUCAGUUAGUCAGGAAGGGCAGUCUUGGUGGGGACGCAGACAUGAAGACUGGAAUACCCAUAAUGACAGACGGGUGACUUCCUGUAACUGACUGGUAUGUGCUAGCAUCAUUCAAAUAAACCAAUCAGGAGAGACUUCUAGAAAGUUCUAGAAUCCACCUCUCUCUCCUGUAUAUAAGUUGGAUUCAGUAGGGCACAAGUAGACUCAGGGCCAGGAGAUGAGUGACCACCGUACCAGAUCAGAGGGAAUCCUGACAUCACGGACCAGGCACCUUAUCAAACCUAAGGAGAGGUAUGUUAGGCUGUGUAAUCUUCUAGAGUUAAGGUUUCAUAGAGUGUGUUUAUAAGGUGUGGGAUAUUAUUAUUAUUAUUAUUAUUUAGGUGGUUGGGCCUCUGGGUUACAUUUUAGUGUGUUUAGUUAAGUUAGUGUGUAUAUUUGUAGUAUAUUUUAGUAUAUUUGUUUUUAUGACCUUUUUGUGUGUAAGGUGGUCUCUUGUUUUAUGUGUUUUACCUACGUUAUGAUUUAUGUUUAUGUAAAUAUUUCUUUCCAAACAAUUUAAAAUCAAUUUUUACAUUUAUUGUUCAGUGAUCUCUUUGCCACACUAUAUUGUAGAACUUUGGUUAUUUUAAUAAUCUUAAUCUAAUUCUGGAUCACUAAGAUCCGGAACAAACAUAGAUCUCUGUUCUGUAAUAACCGAAACCUGGUUAUUCCUUUGCAAAACUGAUUCUACUGCUGCCAAUCUCAGUUCAUGCUGAGCAAUCCCCUUAGCCAGACAGUCUCUUAUAUAUUCCAAACUGUAAUAAAGGUGAACCACCCCUAUAAUUGGAUGAAAGGAAAUAUUUUUGUUGUGUAUCCAAUUACACUUCCCAAAGCCCUUGUAAAUUUAAUUUUCCCACUGGUUUCUAUUUUAAGUUGUGGGGUCAGGAGUCAGUGGGACACAGCAUUUUGUAUGAUGCCAGCCAAUCCCCGUCUAGGGUGUAAGAAGUUAGCAGCUUGGAAAACCACACUUUGCAUCUCCUUUAUACCAGGACGUUGCGUCAUGAUAAGAGUCAUCAAAACCUACUGGUUAAGUCUCUGAAGGCCACGUGGGAACAUUAUAGUAGGACACAGUGUGGAAGAAUGUGUAAGGCUGGCACAGCACAAACCCAGGCUGAAUAGGAGUGUGAGCCAACUGCAUGGAAUGAGGAUCACUGACUAAGCUCACAAUCCUUUUGAUUGGUUGGAUGUGGGAAAGGCUUCUCUGUGAUUGGUUAUCUUCUCACCCAAACAUUUGGCCAGCAAGGAGUGUGGGCAGGACUUUGAUACUUAGCCCCAGUGUCGGACUGGGUACCAGGGGCCCACCAGAAAACCUUAGACUGUGGGCCAAGUCUCCAAAAUUUUUUCCUUCUCUCUUCACUCACAUUAUUAAUUCUCUUAAUCACUUCCCCAUACAUAUUAUUAUUUAUACUUCCAUCUAUUUAUUUUAUUUGUUCUCAUAUAGAAAUGAGGACUGACCAUGGUAAAAGCAUACAAGUAAAUUGGCUGAGUGAGCAGGAGGGUCCACUGACACCUGGGUCCACCAGGAGUUUUCCUGCUAUCCUAGUGGGCCUGUCCAACACUGCUGAGCCCAGUCCCCUUAACGGUACUGAAUGUGGGGAAACAUCAUCUCUAACCAAAGACUGUCAGGGGCAAAGGAGAAGUUCUACAGAAGAAAAACUUUUUGUCUGUGCAGAAUGUGGAAAAACCAGUCCCCAGAACGCUAACACAGGGGAGAGAAAUAUCACUUGUGCACAAUGUAAGGAAACCCAGUCUUUCAGGAUCAGCCGUUUAACUCACUUUGUAAUACACACAGGGGAAGAAACAAUCACUUGUACAGAAAGUGGUAAAGGCUUUGCUCAAAAGAAUUACCUUGUAUCUCAUAUGAAAAUACACACAGGGGAGAAACCUUUCACUUGUACAGAAUGUGGCAAAGGCUUUGCUCAAAAGAAUUACCUUGUAUCUCAUAUGAAAAUACACACAGGGGAGAAACCAUUCACUUGUACAGAAUGUGGCAAAUGCUUUGCUCAUAAGAAUAACCUUGUAUGUCACCUAAAAAUACACACAGGGGAGAAACCAUUCACUUGUUCAGAAUGUGGCAAAGGCUUUGCUCAAAAGAAUGACCUUGUAUCUCAUAUGAAAAUACACACGGGGGAGAAACCAUUCACUUGUACAGAAUGUGGCAAAGGCUUUAUUCAAAAGAAUCACCUUGUAGCUCAUAUGAAAAUACACACAGGGGAGAAACCUUUCACUUGUACAGAAUGUGGCAAAGGCUUUACUCAAAAGAAUCACCUUGUAGCUCAUAUGAAAAUACACACAGGGGAGAAACCUUUCACUUGUACAGAAUGUGGCAAAGGCUUUACUCAAAAGAAUCACCUUGUAGCUCAUAUGAAAAUACACACAGGGGAGAAACCUUUCACUUGUACAGAAUGUGGUAAAGGCUUUGCUCAUAAGAAUAACCUUAUAGGUCACCUAAAAAUACACACAGGGGAGAAUCUAUUCACUUGUACAGAAUGUGGAAUAAGCUUCCCCGAAAAGGCCAUUCUGUGCAUUCAUCAAAAAUUUCACAGCGGGGUUAACCAUUUUGAAGGUACUGAAUGUGGGAAAUGAUUAUCUAGCUAGUGAAGUUAAAGGGGUGGUUCACCUUAAGUUAAAAGUUAACUUUUAGUAUGUUAGAGAAUGCCUUAUUCCUAACAGCUUUGCAGUAGGUCUCAAUAAUUUCUUUUUUCAUGGUGUCCAAGUAUUUGCCUUCCUCCUCUGCACCUUCCCAGCUUUUAAAUGAGGGUCAGUAGCGCCAGCAGCCAAAAAACCUGUUGCUCUGUGAGUUUACAGCUGUAUUAUUGUUACUUUUUUAAUAUCUAUGUCAUACUAAAAGUUAUUUAAGCCCAUUUUAUGUACAUCAUACCAUUCGCACAGUAGAUAAACCUCUAGAGUGUAAAGAAUGUGGAAAAACCAGGCCAGAAUUAGGGCUAGAGAGGCACCAUACAGUGGGGGCACGAGGCACGUACCUCUGAUACCUGCAUUCCCCUUGUUUGGGCCUGAAAUAGCCAGGUUAGAAAUAUGUAUAUAAGUACUUUAUGUAAGUGUAAAAACAUAAAGUUUGAUAAAAGAAUUAAUUGAAUGUGUAUGUGAGU